AUGUCCAGGGUAAAUAAGACCAUGGUGACAGGGUUCAUUCUUCUGGGCUUUCCCAAUCUUGCCCAGUUCCAGCUUCUGUUCUUUGUGGUGCUUUUGCUUAUUUAUAUGGGGACCCUCCUGGGGAACAUCCUCCUCAUCCUUCCCACCAUGGUGGACCCUGCCCUUCACAGCCCCAUGUACUUCUUCCUCCAGAACUUGUCUCUCCUGGAGAUCUGCUUUACUCUAGCGGUUGUUCCCCAGCUCUUUUCGAACCUCCUUGCUGAGAAGAAAUCCGUCUCCUUCCUGGGCUGCAUGGCACAGAUGUUUUUCUUCUUCUCCUUUGGCACUGUGGAAUGCUUUCUUCUAGCUGCCAUGGCCCAUGACCGCUAUGUUGCUAUAUGCAAUCCUCUGUGCUACCGGAACAUUAUGAACAGGGGGGUCUGUAUCCAAGUCAUGCUGGCUCUGUGGCUCUCAGGGAUUCCUGUGGGGAUGUUGCAGACCACAUGGUUCUUCAGCCUCCCAUUCUAUGGACCUAACAACGUGAACCAUUUCUUUUGUGAUGGACCCCCAGUGCUAGAGCUGGUGUGUGCAGACACCUCCCUGUUUGAGACAUAUUCCCUCACAGCCACAAUCACUGUUAUCAUGUCCCCAUUUGUGCUGAUCCUGGUGUCCUACAUCUGCAUCCUCCACUCUGUGCUGAAGAUGAACUCUGCAGCAGGGAGGCACAAAGCCUUUUCCUCCUCUCAUCUCAUAGUGGUCACCCUGUUGUAUGGUACUGGUAUUCUGGCAUACCUCCAGACCAGAUCUGACUUCUCACCAGAUAUCAAGAAGUUGUUUUCUCUUUCCUACAUGGUAAUUACACCAACAUUAAAUCCCAUCAUCUACAGCCUGAGGAACAGUGAGGUGAAGGAGUCCCUCUGGAGAACCCUGGGGAGGAAAACUGCCAACAGUCCUUAA